GAAUACGUAUUUUGAUUAAAAAAAGAAAAAAAGAAGGGAAAGGAACUCGUGUCACGUCUAGAACAGUUGUAGUCUUCGAACGGUUCCGGUUUUUAGUCGGUGUUUAGUCGAUCUUCCGGAAAUGACCGCGAAAUGACGUUACCCUCGCGGCUCAUUCGGUGAACUCGCGAAUCGGAGAGUGUUCUUUUUCUGCUGGAUUAACAACAAGAUCGACAGUCGGUGUGCUACCAGAACAGAUCCUUCGUUGAUCGUUAUCGGGAAGAAACGACCACCAGCUGAUCGUUCGGAGCCAGAGUUAAUUGGAAGGAUUGGCUGUCGAAGACAUGGAGAGAACAGCUGUGUUUCUUCUGGUCAUCAUCGGCUUGACUACUCAAGGCUGCAACGGUGCCGGAUGCGGUUACCCUGGAGCUCCUGCACACAGUACCGUUCGGUUCACGGGAACAGGUGCCGAGGACGUUAUAGACGAGGAAGAUGCCCUUCUAAAGGACACGGUACUGCCUGUAGGUACAGUGGCUACGUAUUCUUGCGAACGAGGCUUCGAACUUCUUGGCCCUGCUCGGAGACAAUGCCAGGCUGAUGGCUCUUGGACACCGGAAGGGGUACCAUUUUGUGUUCUGAAUGUUGCUGGAGGUAAAGCCCCCAUGCAAUCGAGCAGCACUGAGGGUGGAAUUCCGCAACGUGCUGUCGAUGGAAGUAGUGGACAGAUUUACACCCCUCAAACUUGCACCCUUACAAGACCAGAGCACAGGCCAUGGUGGUACGUGAACUUGCUUGAACCCUACAUGGUGCAACUCGUACGACUCGACUUUGGUAAACCAUGUUGUGGUGACGGUAUACCAGGAACAAUUGUGGUUCGUGUCGGAAACAAUCGGCCAGACUUGGGAACGAAUCCAAUUUGCAAUCGUUACACUGGUCCCCUCGAAGAAGGACAACCUCUUUUCCUUCCCUGUAAUCCUCCUAUGCCUGGAGCUUUCGUUUCUGUACACUUGGAAGCAAACACACCAACACCCAUUCCAGUACAGCUUUCGUUGUGUGAAGCCUUCGUGUACACUGAUCAAGCUCUUCCUAUUGAGAGGUGUCCACAAUUCAGAGAUCAACCACCAGGUUCGACAGCAACAUAUAAUGGAAAGUGUUAUAUAUUUUAUAAUAGACAACCAAUGAUAUUCAGAGAGGCAUUAGCGUUCUGUCGUACACGAGGUGGUACAUUAGUGGAUGAAAGUAAUCCUGCCUUGCAAGGAUUUAUUUCAUGGGAACUGUGGAGGAGACAUAGGAGCGAUACUUCGAGCCAGUAUUGGAUGGGUGCAGUAAGGGAUCAGAAGGAUCGCACGGUUUGGAGAUGGACCGGAAGUGGCGAGGAGGUUUCCGUUUCUUUCUGGAAUCUGCCACAAGGCACCGAAGAAGACUGCGCUCGAUACGAUGGUAGCAGAGGCUGGCUCUGGUCCGAUACCCCUUGCACAGCUCGAUUAAAUUUCAUCUGUCAACACCAACCGCGGGCGUGUGGUCGACCAGAACAGCCGCCGAAUUCCACGAUGACUGUGACCACAACGACGGAUCGGAAUUCCGGAAGCGCGUACGAAGUCGGUGCGACGGUGGAUUACACCUGUAACGUCGGCAGUCUUCUUAUAGGCCCGUCCACUCGCACUUGCCUCGACACUGGCUUCUACAACGAGUUUCCGCCUGUGUGCAAAAGCAUCGAGUGCGGUUAUCCAGCGAACAUAAAACACGGAGGCUACACACUUAUCAACAAUACCGUUAGUUAUCUCAGUCAGGUGCUUUACUCCUGCGAUGAAGGAUACGAGAUGACUGGUCGUGCAAGACUGACCUGUGACAUCGAUGAACGUUGGAAUGGACCUCCACCACGUUGCGAGCCAAUUCUCUGCGAUCCUCCAACUCCGGUUCCCCACAGUUACAUCCAAAUCGACGAAAUUGAUGAAACCGAGACGAUUCCAUCAAAAACGAGUUUGAAUCGAAGUCUUCUCGUAGGUAGUAUCGUUACUUACACUUGCGAGAAGGGUUACAGACUUUCUGGUUUCCGACAAAUAUUAUGUUUGCCCAGUGGCUUGUAUGAUCACGUUGCACCUACUUGUACAGAAGAACCACGUACCACAGUGACCGCUCCUCCCCGAAUAUCCGCGCGACCAACGACCGCCAGAACACGACACACGUUCUUACCGCCUCGAGUUCGAACCACAAUUUCGACCACCACAACCACAACCACCACUGUGCCACCACGAAAAGUGGCCAGUACCGCUGAAUUACCCGCGACGGUUCGAGAAACCAUCGCGAGGAAACCAAAUGUUGGUGUUCAAAGGCCAGCACCUCCUCCAUCACCGCCACUGAACGACGACAGCAAUGAUCAUCCUCAGGAUAACGAGAUCUCAGGCAGUGGGGUAGACAAUGCUCAGGCUGGCAUCAGGACAGGUGUACCGGAACCAUCGGGACCUUUCAGGGUGGACAACGCUGAUCAGUCGAGUAACACUCAUCAAGCGAAAUUAAAUCUAGGCGCGGUGAUCGCCUUGGGUGUCUUCGGCGGUUUCGUAUUCCUAGCCGCUGUAAUCACCACAGUCGUAAUACUCAUACGCAGAAAUCGCGGUAGAAGCAGCAAGCAUUAUCGACACCGUGCAUCCCCUGACUGUAAUACCGUGGCUAGCUUUGGAAGCAGUUCCUCUGAGAGUCGAGGAGGUUUGAAUCGAUACUACCGUCAAGCUUGGGAAAAUCUGCAUGAGACGACCGGUCAUAAGAACAAUCAUCCUCCUCUUCGUCGCAAGGAGACCCUGGAUGAACCAGGAUACCGAGAAAAUUACCGUGGUAACAACACCGAGAGGGAUGGCUCGGAAUUAGUUGUGAGCGAUGUAGCCACGUACCCGACCAACAAGCACGCCAGCAUCUCCGACAAGAAACGCCAUCAUCAUCAUCAUCAUCAUCACCACGGUAACUCUACGCCCGAGUGGAGGCAGUCCCAGUCCCAUCACAGAUACUGAGCACUGGAUCUGUUAUCUAG